GCUGCCUGGCAGGAGCUUGGCAAAAAAAGAUCCCAGAGAUCCAGCCUCAUCGAUCACGUGAAGGGUCGGUAGGGAAAGAGGAAACUGCUGUAAGGUAAAAAGGGAACUGUGAUUCUGGUAAACAUGCUACACGUGAAGGUGAAAACGGAAAAGCCAGAUCUAGAGACGGCCAAUGCUCGAAACCGCCUCGAUGCUGUGCUGCAAUGCCUACUGGAGAAGUCUGAGGUUGAUCGGGAGCAGAUGGAAGAGGACUCUGGGAAGACUCCCUCAGAUGUACUCAGCAAGGACUCUUCUCCUACUGCCACAGGAAAGAGGCCGUCCAGCCGGUUCUCUCACCACCGCCGCAAGAAGAGGAAGGAGACGGACGAUGGAUUGACGGAGGGUGGGCAGCAGAAACAGAACACCUAUGUCAUCAAGCUGUUUGACCGGAGCGUGGACCUGGCGCAGUUCUCCGAGAGCACCCCGCUGUACCCCAUCUGUCGGGCCUGGAUGCGGAACAGCCCCAUGGUCCGGGAGCAGGAGCGAUCUCCCAGCCCGAAUCUGCCCGUCCUACUGGAGGAUGAGGAGGGCGCCGAAGGUCUGAAUGGGAAGAGCCAGGAUGUGUACAAGCUGCCGCCUCCUGCUCCCUGCCACACAAAUGCCGCAGGGGAACCAGUAAACCUGCGUGUGCCAUCCCCGCUAGAGCCAGAGGACAAGGAGAAAGGAGCUGCUGACACGGCUUCUGAUUCCGUACCACCAUCAAUGUCCUCCCUCAUCUACAAGAACAUGGAGCGGUGGAAGAAGAUCAGGCAGAGGUGGAAAGAGGGAUCGCACAAGAACCAGCUGCGAUACUCGGAGAGCAUGAAGAUUCUGAAGGAGAUGUACGAGCGGCAGUGAGAGACACAUCUGACUACGGCCAACAACCUUUUGUAAAUCUCCCCUUCCCUGGAGUCCUUUGCCUUGGCAUUAACUGGCUUCAGUUUUAUGGAACAAUAAACACAGUAUUUGGAAUAUGUCCACA